AAUAACAAACUAAAAACCUAAUAUAAGAUCAAGAACCUAAUAGAAUGAAAAGUAAGGAACAUUCUAUUUCCACAGUGUCUAACUCAAGACAGUUAAGACUGUACUUCUUGGAGAUGGGGGUUAAUUACCCUUACUUCUGAAAGGGGUAAAACAGAAAAUUACAUAUAGGCACUCUAAUUGUCUUAGGUGAUAUACCUAUUAGUUUAGUUUGUUAGGAUGGUUCACCCUUGUGUGUGACAAAUGGCAUGUUGAAGCAUAGGGCUGGGGGACCUGUAGCCUUCCAGUUGGUGUUGAAUGCAGAUUUCAUUGUCCCUCAUCCUGGACUUGCCUGCUGAGACUGAUGGGAGUUGAAAUCCAAGAACUACUGCAGGGCUGCAGUUCCCCACCCUUGCUAAAGCAUUUGAUAAACAGUGGUCCUUUGUGUUGGAUGUAGGGAGGGAGUAACAUUUGCACGAUUUUCACAAAUGUUCUAUACAAACCAAAAUAAUUUAAGGGAAAAGGGAGUAAUGCUUAACUGUUCCCCAUGUGUGAAAAAGCAUACAUGUCCAUUUGGAACUUCAUAGAAUGCACAGCAAUUUGGAGAACAGGAACCCUGUUGGUGAUAUGUGCUUACAUAAUCUGAAGUUAUGUGAGUAUAAAUUAAUCAUGCAAGGAAGUAUUUAGUACUUCCUUAUAUAGUACUUUCCCCUAUGUGCAAAGCGGUGCUACAGUGCCUAGCUCAUGCCCCCCUGAGAUCCUGGAGGGCAACAUCUGCUUUUUACUCCCAGCUGCAAAAUGGCAGCUAGACACUGCACCAACCAUCUCAUGCCCUCCUCCAGUCACUAAGUGACUGGGGGAGCCCCAUGUAAGUGCUGAGAUGUUGCCUUUGCAUGCACUGUAGAAGAGAAGUCCCAUGUUCUUACACUUACAGGCUCAUACUUGAUUGUAGCCUUUGGAUGGAGAAUAUUUGAGUGAGAAAAGGGUUCUUUAGCCCUUCCCUUUGCCACUGUCCUGUUCAAAACGAGCCUCCUAUAUAUGGGAUGCAAGCCCUUUUACAUACAUUUUCAUGUAACAGUUAAUGAUCCCAUCACACAUGGCAAGCAGGCAUUUGUGUGAGUCACAGAAACCAAAGAGCCCCCCCCCCCCCCAAAAAAAAAAGGUUAGGGCUUUUCCUGAGAGCCUAGGUUUGGCGUGCCUUUCCCCUGUUUCCAUCUGCUUAUUCCAAACAAAGUCAUGGCAUGAUACUUCAAAGGAAGCUGCUGGAACAAACAGCCCACAGUUAAUUUCUAGCUUUCAGUUGUUUGCUAGCUGGUGGAUGACACAUAACAUCAUCUGAGCUAUUUAAAUCACAGCAUAAGCACAGCAGAUAUUGUUUCGGAGGCUUUUAAUUGCAAUGUUUAUGUUUUGCAAUGUGUCGGUUCCUGUUGCCUUUAAGUAAGACUGAAUGAUCUAAUCACUGUCUCCUAAAUGAAUUUCUAUUAGCUCCAUUAGAAUAACCCUGUAAUUAAAUGCACACACAUAUGCAGGCUGAGAAGGAGCAGGCAGUACUAUCUGCUAAAUAAGUCUUAACAAAAUCAUAUGGUGGGUGGAAACAUUUGCAUCAGUGAAUUCCUUGCUAGAUGAUCUUGAAAAAAACGAUGGAUGUUUAUAGGAGAGAGAUCAUGUACUACCAGCAGGCCAUUAUGAAGACUAGAGUAAAAUCCUCUGUCUCUCUGGGAGCAAUGGUGAAGUACUGUGACCAGUUCUGCUCCAAUGACCCCAUAAUUUCGGGAUGCCUCCCCAGUAACCCCUGGGAAUCAGAUGAUGUUGAUUUUUGGGAGCUCAAUGCAAAGCUGGUGGAAAUCCCCACCAAAGCACGAGUGGAGAGAUGGGCCUUGAAUUUUAGUGAGCUGAUGCGGGAUCCCAAAGGCCGCCAGAACUUCCAGCUGUUCCUGAAGAAAGAGUUUAGUGGGGAGAAUUUGGGUUUUUGGGAAGCUUGUGAAGAUCUAAAAUAUGGAGACCAAUCUAAGGUGAAAGAGAAAGCAGAAGAAAUUUACAAAACCUUUCUGGCACCAGGAGCAAGACGCUGGAUCAAUAUUGAUGGUACUACUAUGGGCAUCACAGUCAGAGGCCUCAAACACCCACAUCGUUAUGUCUUAGAUGCUGCACAGACUCACAUUUAUAUGCUGAUGAAAAAGGAUUCUUAUGGUCGCUAUUUAAAGUCUCCAGUAUACAAAGAAAUGUUGUCCAAGGCAAUUGUACCACAAGAAGCCGUGAAAAAAAGCUCCAAUAAUCCAUUUGCUCGCAAACACCUCCGCUCCAGCCCCAGCCCAGUCAUCUUGAAGCAACUGGAGGAGGAAGCCAAGGCUAAAGAAGCAGCGACCGUUGUGGACAUCACCCAGAAACAGGCUGGAAGAACAAACCUGCCUCCAGCUAAUAGAGUUUUGCAAGCACCCAUAUCAAAGCUAUGCCAGUUUACUACUCCAGUUCGCCAUCUGGUUGUUUACACUGGUACUUCUGAUCCUCCAGGCCCUUCCAAUAUUCUUCCUUCCUCCUGUUGUUCUCUGAGUGAUCAUCCUCUCCAAAGCCCUGGGCAUAUCACUCUGCCAAACAGCACUAACUACCUAUCAUCUCUUACUGUAGCUGAAAACAGCACUUAUGGCAUGGAUAGGGUCUGGGAUGCCAAUGGGACUAGCUGCAGUCCUUUUCCUUCCAUUAUAGAAAACAAUGAGAUCUCCAUGGAUUCUGAAUCAGGAACAUGCUACACCUCCCAGGAUGCUAUGAGUGGUGAGACCAAGCUGCUGCCCAAGUCCCGGAUGACCUUGUCCCUCAGCAGGUUCUUGAAAAGAGGUUACUUGAACUCACCAGUCUUUGCAACAUUCUCACCCAAGUGUCCUGCAGUGACUCACAGGAAGGUGCAGCCACUAGAUGGUCUGAGCCAACCGCUGCAACAGAAAUCCAAGAGAGUAUCCAACUUCUUCCAAAUAAAAGUGGACAUUCCUCUGGAGAGUAAAAUCUAUCCUAUAGACUUGGAUGAGGAAGAAGAGAAUGGCCACUGGGCUUACAAAGACUCUGCAAAAGAAGUGAUCUGCCCAUGGGAGAAGCUGACAGAAGAAGGGAAAGCUGGAUAAUAAGGAGCCUUUGAGACUCUUAGGAUGUGACCUACUUAAAAAUGACUAUUUUUUCUUGCCCCCGAAUCAGCAGGUAUAAUCACCUAUAGUUGGACUGAUGAAUCAUGCUGUUGAAAGGAGUGCAUUGGAAUAAUAAAUGAGAAUCAUCCAGCAUCAAACCAUGUGGGUUAUAAAUAAUGAUCUCAGAUACUGUAUAUGUUUUUCAAAAUUCAAAAAAUGUAAGAUAUCUCUUGGCCUGUUUCCUUUUUUGUCUUUGGAAUUCAGCCCUCUCACUUACUGGUUUCUUUGUAAUUCUUUAAGUACAUUAAUUAUAUACUUGAAAAAUUAUAUACUAGAAGACUCUUUCUUGCCUGGUUAGUUUUUGAAACUCUUUUAUUUUGUAUUUGCAUUUACUAUGUUUGCUCAUGUUUUAGAAAACCAGAAGAUUUCAAAUGUGUUUUCAAGUAGUCUCCUAGUUAUGUGCUGAUCAGGUUAACAUCUUCCUUAAUACUUUACCAAUACAACAGCAUCAAGUGGUGUUUGA